GCUGUAGACUUGACUGUAGAUUGCCUCCCGGAAAAAUAAAUAAAUUAGCAGCUCAGGCUUGCUGAACAGUGCAAGCGUACAAAAUUUAUUUGAGCCAGAACACUAGUGUGAUAUCUAAUGUUAAAAAGUACGAUAAUAUUCGUAAGCAGAAUUUUUUUCCUUCUUAAACCAUGCACAUGUAUACGUACUGGUAGGUCUGAAAAAAAAAUCUUCGCCGAACAGACAAACAAACAAGACAAGAAAACAAAGAAAAAAACUCCCGUCCAAUCGUCUCGAAAACAUCUAUUACGUGCAUCAUUGUCAUGUUGCUACUUUUGAGAAAACGUGAGCAAAAUGUUGUUCUUGACAACGUUCACCUCAGGAAGACAAUGAAAAGAAGAUUCAGAACUUGGCAAUGGUACUACAAAAUCAUAAUAGCUAUACAGUAUGUAUACAUGCAGGGUCUACACAAAGAGAUUAUACUAUAUAUAAUUAAAUUGGUCUACAGCAAAUAUAAGACAAGAGUAGAUUUUGAUCAGUCGACACCGUAACGUCAAAGUUUUCAGAGUUAAUGCCCUUAUGCAUCUUCAUUUUGACAAAAAUUAGAAAUCGUAUACAAAAACACUCAUUCAUCGGGGAGUUAGGUUUAGGCCCGACAAAAUGGAAGUGAUGUGGUCUAUUUUACUUCUCUGUUCAUUUCUGUUUCUUCAACAUUCGGCAUCUGCUCAAGUUUGCAAAAUUUCAAACAUCCAGAUCGACAGCGAGGAUGGAAGACAACAGUACAUUGAACUCAACCUCAAGAAGGUGGACGUGGACGAAGAGGGUUCUUGCCCAGGAUGCAACCUAAGUGAGGACUCAAAGGCUCGGGCUUACCAGUACAGUCAGUGGACUGCUACCCCACCAACCUUCAACCUUGUUUUUACACCAGGGGAAAUUAUUCUUGAAUGUGACUCAUCAGACGGUUAUUCGCCUCUUCCAUUUGGCCUGUGUUCUAAAAGCGCUUCCAGCAAAGAGGGAACAUGUGGAAGUAGCUCUUGCGAAUUGAAUGAUGUAGAGGAUUUAGCAGAAGUGAUAGAGGAAAAGAAUCUAAUCCCUCUUCGAACUGGAGAUGAAAAACUUGAUCACCGAAUAGCGAGGGCUAUUGUUUUGCUCAACAUUGGUAAUGUUGACAAGGCUAUUGAUGAGUUUACUGCUGUAAUAGAGUCAGAACCAGGUGCUGCUGUGGCGUACUUUGGCCGGGGUGCGGCUUAUGCCAGACAGGGACUGCAGCAUCCACUUGUGGCAAGACGAGCUCUGGCAGAUUUCAACAAAGCCAUACAGCUAGACACUGGUGGCUCCAGACCAGACAUCUACGUUCAUAGAGCAGAGGUGUUGAUGAUGUUACAGCACUUUCAUGAUGCUUACAAUGAUGCCACAACUGCUCUAAAAGUAAAACCCAUGCCAAAGAUUUAUUUUCUGAGAGGUGUCAUAAGUUUGCUAUUAGAGAAUUUUUCUGAUGCAGAAAAUGAUUUCCGUAAAAAUCUUCAAUGUUCUGAUGAGAAAAUCCAAUCAUUGUCUCAUUUUCACCUGGGCCUGGCCUUGUAUUACAGAGGAAAAGUCAGGAAUGCCAUAGAGGUGUUCAAAGAGGUGUUGAAGCAGAAUCCUAAUCACUUGGAGGCCAGUUUGAGUCUGGCCCAGGGUUUCAAAGAGUUGGGCAACAUCAAGGCAGCUCUGGCCAAGUUCAACACGACUUUGAAUCUUCAGGCCAACUACAGUAUGGUGUAUCAACUGAGAGGGAACAUGAUCUUCCAAAAUGGUGACCCAGCUUCAGCUAUUCUAGAUUUUCAGAAAUGCCUGGAGGUUGACAGCACAAGUGCUGGCUGUCAGUAUAUGAAAGGAGCAGCCAAUGUGAUGCAAGGACGGUUCUAUGAAGGGCUCAAGGAUACAACGAAACUGAUGGUAAGCAGUGCCCCGGUCAUCAAGGCCUCUCCAGAGUAUAUCAAGGCUCACUAUUUACGAGAGUAUGCCAGGUACCUGCAUUCCCGGCUGGAUACCCCAAUCACCUCGAUACAGCCAGAUGCCGAUUUCAGUCCAGAAUAUUUGGAUCACUGGGUCAAACUGAAGCCUUUUGAUUUUAAAAAUUACAAAGAACAGCCAGGAUUACAGCCUGAUGUUGGUGAUGUCCAACCUUUAAAAGAAAUCCCACCUCAUCUGGAGCCCCUGCUGUGCCGGGCGGAGGCCUUGGGCCGGUUGUCUCAGGUCAGUGUGGACGGGAUCUUGCCGAACCGACGCUUGAACCUGGCCAUGGGGCUGGCCUCCAUACAUAUGGCGCAGUAUUUUGAGACCAAGUGGAAAGCUGUGAAGGCGUCCAAAGCAGGUUCACACGACAAAAUUAUUCACAGCUGGCGUGAGCUUUUCACAAUAGGAGUACACUAUAGACAGAUUGCCAGUUUGGACCAGCCGUUUUUAUGGGUUGAUUCAUUACCUGACUAUAAAAGUAAAGAUGGAUACCGAUCCGAUGUACCGUUUGUCAGGGGCUCGGUGAGUAACUCUAAAGUCAAACCGUACUUCGAGCUGGCGUUCAAACUGGCAAAGACAAUGCUGGAGCACUACUCAGGGGAAGGCGCUGUACAAUAUCCUGGCUUGAAGGAAGAUAUUGCAAGGGCCGCCACUUGUGAGGAUUUAUUAAGUGUUGCUCGGCGACGACAAAUCAACCCACAUGGCUUCCUGGUGUCCACACAAGUGCCGUCCAUGUUGAGGCAACAGGAUGACCACCGGUUAGACGGAGGGGUCCUUGUUCUGACGGAGGACAUAUCUCAGCGAAUUGUUUUUGCCCUAAACAUUGCCAGCACGGCAGAUCGCACGGCCUCAUACUCGGCAGAAAUGGAUCACCUGUUGACCCUUCUGCAGGACGAGAUCAGAAAACUCAGCUCCAACAAAGUUUCU